AUGGAUACUAAAGAACACAAAGCUCAUAGACCUCGUCAAUCUGGCGCAAAGAAAGAUAAAAAAACAAAGAAACAGCAAAAAAUUGAAGAAAAAAAUCCAAAGGCUUUCGCACCAGUAUCUGGAAGAAAAGCUGAAAAACUUGCAAGGCGCAAACAAGAAUUAAUCCAAAAGAAGCUCCAUGUUCCACUCGUAGAUCGAACACCAGUAGAGCCACCUCCGAUUAUUGUUUCGGUAGUUGGACCACCUCAAACUGGCAAAUCGACGUUAAUAAAAUCCCUUGUAAAACGAUAUACUAAGCACAAUCUUACAGAAAUCAAGGGACCUAUUACAGUCGAGACUUUUGAAUUUUUGAACAUACUGCAAGUUCAUGGGUUUCCAAAAGUCAUGGGAGUUCUUACACAUCUGGACAAAUUCAAAAAUAACAAAACGCUAAAAUCAACUAAAAAGCGAUUAAAGCAUCGUUUCUGGACAGAGAUUUAUCAAGGCGCAAAGCUUUUUUAUCUUUCCGGAAUAAUAAAUGGUCGGUAUCCGAACCAGGAAAUUCAGAAUUUAUCAAGAUUUAUUUCUGUAAUGAAAUUUCGUCCUUUAAUAUGGAGAAAUACACAUCCAUAUUUGGUUGCUGAUCGUGUAGAAGAUUUAACCGACCCUGAAGAAGUCCGGCAGAAUCCAUUAUGUGAUCGUACUGUGACUUUGUACGGAUAUCUGCGGGGAACAAACAUGAAACAAAACAUGAAGGUACAUAUCCCUGGCGCUGGCGAUCAAUAUUUGGAUGAUAUUUCAAUUCUUCCCGAUCCAUGUCCAUUACCUGAUAAAGCCCGAAAAAGUUUAAGCGAAAAGCAAAAACUCAUUUAUGCCCCAAUGUCGGAUGUCGGUGGGAUUAUGUACGACAAAGAUGCAGUAUAUAUUAAUAUUCCUGGGAGUUUCACAAAGACUGAUGAUAAUGGAGAAUCCGAGAAGGGACCAGGCGAAAAGAUGGUGAUUAGUUUGCAAGAUGCUUCCGACACACUUGCAUCUAAAUUACAAGAAGCAUCGCUUUCGAUUUUUGCAAAUUCUGUCCCUUUAAAAGCUUCUGAUUUGAAUGAAAAGCUUUACGAUGAAUCAACUGAAAAUAAUAAAUCGGAACGUACUCGACGAAGGUAUGAAGUUGGAGAUUUAGAAGGCAAUAUCAAUAAAGAAAUUGCAUUUGUUGAAAGUGAUAGUGAUAUAAGUGCUGAAAAUGAAGAGUUGGAUGAGAAUGGGUCUGACCUUGACGGAGCAUUAAGAUGGAAAUCUAAUUUAACAAAUAAAGCAGAAAAUAUGUUCAAUGCAAAUCGUAGAGUAAAUAUUAUGCAAUUAAUUUAUGGCGAAAAGACGCCCGAUGAAGUAAUGUAUAAUGAUCUUUCAAAUUCAGCUCGAGAUGUGAUGAAUAAAAAUGAUGUGCAUCCUCUUAAAUCCGAAGAUUUCUUUAUACUUGCAAAUAAUGACACUGGGGAUACCAAGAUUUUGAAGGCAAUUGACUCUUCUAAAUCAUGCUUCGAAAAUGAGAACCUCGAUGAAUGGGAUGAUGAAACGGUGCUCGAAUCUAUAAGAAAUAGAUUUAUUACAGGAAGUCUUGAAGAUGAAAAUCCUACUGGGUUGAAUAAUUCAAAUGACAAUGAGGAUGAAGUAUGUGGUGAUUUUGAAGACCUUGAGACUGAUGAAGUUGUAAAAGCGAUGCAAUCAGAAGAAACAAAAGAAGAACUUGAGCAAGAGGUUCUUACUCAAAAACGGAUUUUACUAAAGAAAAAGUUUGAUGCAGAAUAUGAUAACAAAGAUGAUGAACCUAAAGCUGAUUUUUAUGAUGAAUUGAAAGAAGGAAUUUCCAAGCAAUUACAACUGAAUCGUGAAGAAUUUGAUGAUGAUGAUCCACAUACUAGAGUAAUGGUUGAGGGUUUUCGCCCAGGAGCUUAUGUUCGAAUUUUAUUACAAGGAAUGCCUUGUGAAUUUGUCAAAUACUUUGACCCAGUGUACCCAGUAAUUGUUGGUGGGCUGCUAACUACCGAAGAGAAUUUAGGAUUGAUCCAGGUUCGCAUCAAACGUCACAGAUGGCAUAAAAAAAUCCUAAAGAACAAGGACCCACUCAUAUUUUCUCUUGGUUGGAGACGUUUUCAAUCGAUACCCAUUUAUUCUUUGAAUGAUAACACGAGAAACAGAAUGCUAAAAUAUACACCAGAACAUAUGCACUGUAUAGCAACCAUCUAUGGACCUAUUCAUCCCCCAAACACCGGCUUUUGUGCGGUACAAUCUGUAUCAAGAGACAAUAUAGCAGGAUUUCGCAUAAGUGCUACUGGAACAGUUCUUGACAUUAAUCAUUCGUUUGAGAUUGUUAAAAAAUUAAAACUUGUUGGUACACCUUACAAGAUAUUCAAAAAUACUGCUUUCAUAAAGGAUAUGUUUACUUCAGCAUUGGAAGUAGCGAAAUUCGAAGGUGCUGCAAUUAGAACUGUGUCGGGCAUUCGUGGACAAGUAAAAAAACCAUUAUCGAAGCCGGAAGGACAUUUCAGAGCUACUUUUGAAGAUAAAAUUCUAAUGAGUGCUUGGUAUCCCGUUACGCCAAAAAAAUUUUAUAAUCCUGUUACGUCACUGCUGCUGUCGACGAAAACAAAGUGGCAAGGCAUGCGUUUGACAGGUGAAAUUCGAAGAGAUUUAAAUAUUAAAACACCUAUUAAUCCCGAAUCUCAUUAUCGAAAAAUUGAACGAGCAAGUCGUCGCUUCAAUCCGCUUCACAUUUCAAAGUCAUUACAAGCUGGAUUACCAUUUGCCUCUAAGCCGAAAUUGUUUAAAAAACUAUCUAGGCCGACAUACAUGCAAAAACGUGCCGUAAUUUUAGAACCACAAGAGAAGAAAAUAUAUACGCUUAUGCAACAAAUUCAAACAUUAAAGAAAGAAAAAGAUAGAAAACGUAAAGUAAAACAAUCGGAAAGACGAGAAGUACAUGCCAAAAAAUCUGCAAAACAAGAGGCGCUCUUGGCAGAAAAAGAAAAGAGAGAGAGAAAAGAUUAUUUUAGAAAGGAGGGCUUAGCACAAAAAAGGGUCAAUAAUUCUUCAGAUGAACAUAAAUCUAAAAAAGCCAAAAUUUAA